CUGAGUUCGAACCCGGUAUUUUUCCCAAUUUGGGAACCCUAGGUGGUUUGCAGUUCGUUCAUCCGUUCGUUUAUCCACUUGUACCCAAUUUGGUGUUAUAGGAAAUAAGAUUGUUCAUACCACCCCAAUUAGGCAUCUCAAAAGUGGGCCGAAUAGAGUGGCACUGCCAACUCAAAUCUCUUUGUUGUUAUAGAGUUGUAUUGAAUUUGAAUUGUAAGAACCAUUUCAUUACCCAUUUUUUGGCAUGGAUUUUUCUGUUAUGGGAGAUAACAUUGUGUACGAAUGAGAGCAUGGUUGAUUUUAGAGAUUUGGUUUGCAUAUGGACAUUUUGUAACUUCAUUUGUGGGCCUGUAACCGUAGGUAUGGACGUCUGGAUUUGGGUACCGUAUGGACGUCUGAUUAUAAAGAUUUUGAUGUUUAGUACAAGUGUUUGCCAUUUUGGGAUCCUUAUGCAUGCUGUGGGGAAUUAUAGUUUGUGAGUUUGUAUGUGGGUAAUUAUGCAACUCUGAAAUUAUGUCAGUUCAUUUUUUUUAGUAGCUAUCGUAAUGUUAAUUAAACUAGUUUGUACUUAGUUAAUGAAACAAACAUGAUUAGAAAGAAUUUGCUUGGGACUUAGUUAAUGAAACAAAGAAACAUUAUUAGAAAGAAUUUACUUGUGAGUUAGUUAAUGAAACAAACAUGAUUAACUUAAACUUAUAUUCUUUGGCACUGCAAUGCUUCAUCACAUCUUGUGUACCUGCAACGUAUAUGUCUAUUGUAUAGACAAAUAUAUCCUAUGAAUCUAGUCUCACUGAAGAAAGGCCCAUUAGCAAGUACUACUUUAUCUUCUUAUUUGUCUUUUCACAACGUAUAGAUGCGAUGGAGCAUAUUGAUGAGCAUUAUGAUCAGCAUCACCGUGCACGUGUCAUACGAGAGCAAAGAGAGGAUUUAAGACCCCUCAAACUUAGGUGCCACAAAGCGUCAACGAACGUCAUGCGUUACGAUGAGAGGUACACUGCUUACAUCUGGAGGACGGGGCUCCUUCCCUUCAUCAAUCUCGUGACCCGAUCGAUGCCUAGUAUGAACGUCGCUGCAAUCACAGCGCUUGUGGACCGGUGGAGGCCGGAGACGCACACCUUCCACCUUAGGACCGGUGAGAUGACCGUUACGCUGCAGGAUGUUUCAAUGAUCUAUGCACUACCCAUCGAGGGAUUCCGGUGUGCAUGAACACGGAUUCAUCAAACUGGCGCGAGCAGAUGGCGGCUCUUAUUGGGAGGGCUUCGGUGUCUGAAGACCCCAUUAAUGAUAAGAGUCCCGGCCGGCGCUACUUAUACUUGGAUCACGGAGAACUUCUCGCAGUGCCCCCCUGAUGCUGUAGAUGAAGUGGUUGAGCAGUACGCCAGCGUCUAUGUGUAGUAUGUCAUCACUAGGACCCUAUUUGCGGACGUCGGUGGCAGGACAGCCCAAUGGAUGUGGCUGAAGGCAUUGACUGUUUGGGACACGAAUUGGAGUUGGGGUACUGCGGCACUUGCGUACCUCUACCGACAUGUUUUUUUUCUGCACAGGCGCCAUUUUUAUGCUCGAUUGAAUGAAUAACUGAACCUUAUGCAUUUAUCUGCAGUUGGACGAUGCAUGCCACAGGACUGGUCGUGACAGCGACAUUGGCGGUCCUUUGCUGCUUCUCUCCGUGUGGAGCGGGGAGCGGUUCCCAGUAGGCCGGCCGAAGUCGGUGAAGUAUAAUCUCUGGGAUGAUAAUGGCGACCCCCUGCGCCGACCUACCUGGGCGUACAAAUGGGAUGUGGUUUCCGAGAGCAGUAGCGACACAACAAUUCUGUACAAGCAGUACACGAACGAGUUCGAUGCCCUCACCCUCACCCCUGAGCAGGUUGCAUGGGAACCAUACGGGUCUCGUGAUAAUUUUGCGGAGAAUUUCGAUUUAAUCCGAAGUGCUUGGAAGAAGACCAUCUGUGGACCAUGCGGUGCCCAUUGAUAUGUUUGUGGGCUGUUGAAUUUCAUUUGCCACAUUGUGUGAUGCAACAGUUUGGAUUGUUUCAAACCCACCCGCCCAAGUGGAAGCACACGGGCUACACGCUACACGAGCUUGACAGGAAGAAGGUUAAGAGGGACCAGAAGUGGGAUGUCACACAUAAAGAGCAUGUAGAAAAGUAUCUCCGCUGCGUUGAGAAGGCUAAGACAGCUCAAGGCUCCAAAGUAAGAUUGCAUUGCCCACUAGCAUUUAGCAAUUAUCUCAAGUGGUUUCUGGAUAACACUUGUGCGGACAUCACACCGGCGGCUUACAGCCGAGAUAUAUUGGAUCAGCCGUUGAUAUUCGAUGAGGUUGCCAACCUUGAAUACACAAGGCUUUUGAAGCAGGGGAGGCAAACAUAUUUUGCUCCUGUGCUCAACUUUGUGCGUGACGAGGUCAGGAAGGAAGCAGAUGACUUCGAGUCCAUUUUAGAAAGCACAACUAGGGGACAGGAGGGCGAGAAUACUGCACUUAGGGAGUUUGUGAAGUGACAAGGCCAACAGCUACGGCGGUUAGCCAACCUUAUGGGCUGUCGUGACCCAGAAUUUGUCUCACCGUCAAGGUCAGCUUCUCCCAAUAAUGAUAGCGAGCACACAGAAUCCUCUCAUCGUCAAGGUCAGCUUCUCCCAAUAAUGAUAGCGAGCACACAGAAUCCUCGACGGUUGCGCUACAAGAUGACCUGUCGAUGGAGGUAGCGGACGAUGACACGGCGUUAGGGGAAUGGCAACGCUCGGCGAUUAAACUGAAGCCUAGGAGGUCCUUCAGGCGUUACACCCCUUCAGAUUACGAGAAGAGGAGGAAGGCUAUAUUGGAUUUGACCGCUGAUGACGAAGAUGACGCUGAGGAGGAAGAUGACGUGGAGGUAGAACAGCCGGCAAGGCGGAAGGCCGUUGCAAAGAGGGCCAGAGGGGCAACAAAGACAAGGACAAAGUAGAUUACCUUUAUGGAGCUGUAAUGUCAUAAGCAUCAUACAAACAUAUUAUGGAGGUGUAAUAUCCGUAGCUAAGCAUUAUAUAAACUUGACUUCUGACACAAUUUAUGGCAUCUAAUUACGCGGCUUAAAUGUCAACUUUGGCCCCGUCCUUUUCAUAAAAUUC